GGUCGCUGCGGGCUACGGCCGGGGGGCUCGUGCGCCUCCGGGGCCGCCGCUUCCCCGCCGCCAGGGUUGCGCCUCCCGUCGCUGGGGCCGAAGGGCUCGUGCGCCGUGAGGGUAUCCCUCUUGUUUUGCUGCAACUGCGGAGUAGUAUCCAGAUCUUGUUUUGCUGCGAAACCGGCAGGGGAAGACGCGGCUGGCCAUGUACUACGUCCCGCUCGAGGACUCGGAGAAGCACAAGGUCGAGUAUGAGGUGCAUCCACUCGUGGUCAACCGGGACCCCAAGUUCACCAACUUCGUCGAGGUCCACGCACUUUGCACUCGCAACUGCGGAGUUCCUUUUAUCCAGAUCUUUUUUUGCUGCAAGUCCCAAAAAUCUGAGAUUGAUGUCUACUUGGAAGAAGACCCUGAAAAUAACAUAGAAGAUUUUGAUGUUCUAUCUUGGUGGAGAAGCAAAGCUGCAAAGAUUCCAGUUCUUUCAGCUAUGGCUCGGGAUUUCCUUGCAAUUCCUCUUAGCACGGUGUCAUCUGAAUCUGCUUUCAGUUUAGGGGGAAGGAUUCUUGGAGAUCAUAGAAGCUCACUAACUCCGGAAAUGCUUGAGGCCCUUGACUGCGUGAAAGAUUGGCUAUAUAAGACCAAAGAUCCUAAAUUCUGUUUUGAUGGUGAAGGUUCUGAGCAAGAGUAAAAGUAUCACCUCAAUGAAGUCCCUAGUGAAUCUAAGCAUAUCAUAAUUGGGGUCUUCUACUUUGUGGGGUUUGGGCUGUUCUGUUUGGAGCCCUGUUAAGCAU